AUGGACUCAGGAAACAGUCGUGAACCGAAGAGGAGGGAGAGAGAAUACCAGAAAAAGCUCGAAGAGAUGCUCCAGAAACAGCAGGAAGAAGAAGCAGAGGAGGAGAGACAGAGACAGCAGCAAGGUUCCAUCACUUUCUCCAGUAGCUCUUCCAGUGGUGACUCCUCCGACGGUCCUCCCGGCAGCCCUCCCAACAACCCCUCCGGCACCGUUUCUGACAAGGCGGCAACCAGUCAGGCAAAGGGUAUUGAGGGCGAUUAUCAAUCUGGCUCCUCGGACAACAGCCUCCCCCCCAAGAAGAAGGAGAAGAAGGAGAAGAAGAAAUUGGUCCGGUUCACAGAUGGCCACGACGUAAUGAACGCUUCGAAUGCCGACGACAGAGACAACAAGGGCGGCAAGGACGGCAAGGACGGCAAGGACAGUAAAUAUUAA